AUGGUCGGCUCCCGGUCGUCAUUGAGGCGUCCUGAUUUACGAGGUCACAGUCACAAGUCCUCAGCGUCCAGGUCUAGCAGCCCGAUCAAUGACGAACCGCCACCGCUCCUUCCAAGGUCCGGCAAUGAGGGCAUCGCCCUCAGAUCCAAACGCCUACGGGCUGCUACCGUGUCUACACCCGAACAUGACCUGAAAAGACGCCGAUUGUCGUCGGCCAAAGGCGAGAAACCACAGUUACGCAUCCCAUUACGCAGUCGAGGCGGGUUACCUAAAGUCCUCCCACAACCUCCGCCCGCCGCAGCCGCGACUGUGCGGCCACCGCAGGCUGCCAAUGCUGCGAAAGCCAGCACGUCACACAUCUCAAGCCUUCAGCCGUUGGACUCGCCGACUUCACCCAGCGAGAAACCGCAGUAUGAUCAGAUCAAAAUCAUUGAAGAGAAGGCAAAAGCCUCCAUCACAGAGGGCAAUUCGGCCACAACCCACGAAGACCGCCGAAAAUUACGCUCAGAGGAUGGAGGGUCUCGGGCUAAAACGGAGCUGGCCCAAUACUUCCCAGACUUUGAGGAAAUGCUCAGUCUGAAGCCACCAGAUCCAGCAGAAGCAUUGACAGUCAAGACUAAGGUUGUGCUGGUCGAUGAUACUCCCGACUUUCGGCCGAAGUCCCCCAGGCCUGAUCCAUUCGGAGCCCACAAGCCAUUGCACAACACGCAGAUCAUCCAGCUGGGUGGGAGCGGUAUCUUCUCAAGUGAUGCCUCCGUCGACCCUUUGAACGACGAUGUCUAUCUUAAGAUUCACGGUAAGGCCGAAAGGCAUGAGAGGCAAAUCAAAAACAGUGAUCGGGAGCGGGCGCAGCACGAGAAGUACCAACUGGAAAAACUCCUAGGAGACUUGCGUGGGCCAGACUGGUUGAAGACUUUGGGCAUCACAGGCGUCACCGACACCGAGAAGAAACGUUAUGAACCGAAACGAGCACUAUUCAUCCGUGAAACUCAAGCCUUAAUCAACAAGUUCAAGCGAUGGAAAGAAGAAGAGAAGCGCCGGAAGCUAGAGCGGGAACAGGAAAUGCUCGAGGCUGCCAUGGACGAGGACGGGAAAGGUGAUGAAGGUGAGAGUGAAGACGAGGCUGCCGAGAGCGACGCGUCGGAGGGAGAUAGCAUUGCCAGUGCGUCGACUCAGGCGCCGAAUUCCAGCGAACUCGACGACCUUGCAUCGCAGCAACUCAUCGAGGAAGCAAAGAUUGCCAUUAAGCGCAAAAAGCCGUCGCCCGCCAAAGUGGCCGAUCCCCCUCCACCCAAACCCUUUGUUUCCUUCUUCGACAAACGCCAUUUACGGGACGCUGCUGUCGCUGGUCGUCAACGUGGGCGGACCCUCCUCGCGUUUGGUCUCCCUGUGCCUGAGCUCGUGGAGAAGGAUUUCGAGCCACCAGAAGACAUCCUGACAGAUGAAGCAAUCAGGCUAAACCAACGGUCUCGCAGAAGGAUGCGAAGGGGUGGCGACUAG